AUGUCAUGUGAUGGACCAAAAGGGUCCGUUACGAUUACAACCAAACCGCGCAAUCCAACAGACGUUGUGGAAGGAUUGAACAGUGGAAGAGUUCUACUUGUUUGGAAAUUCACUCUUGAUUCUAGCGAAAAUUUGCAGAAAAUUACCAUCGGAAGAAGGAGACCCGAUGGAAAUCAAGUAACAACAAUAGCUACGAGACCGGACGCUAAUUCCUCUCUCAGUGUAGAUGGUAAAUUUAGAGUAUUCUACAUUGCAAAAUCUCCGGCAACCCUAGUCUUAAAAAACGUGAGAAGAACAGAUGAUUACGUAUACUGUCUUGAGAUAUUUUAUUCUGAUGGUAUUGGCAACGGUCGGACGAAAACAGACGUUCGUGUUCGCGUGUUUGCCCCUCCAAGUAUUACCAACGCGCCUAUCGAGAGGGUACAUAUAGAGGCUGGAAAAGAUUUAACGCUAACAUGUAAUGCCUCCGGUGAUCCCCAACCAAAUAUCACCUGGACCAAAGAUGGCGUCCCAAUGAGCUUCUCUAGUGACGCCUUUCAUCAGUUUCGUCUUACUGACUUACAGAGCGAGGAUUCAGGAUCGUACAAAUGUACAGCCAGUAACGGAUACGGCAGUGAUGCAACAACUGUUAGCAGAGUCGACGUAAAACUACCGCCGAGAAUAAUCCUUCCUUCAGUUAGAGAGGCAGAGAUCAAAAUUGGAGAUGAUUUCGUCUUGGUAUGCUACGCAUCUGGUGACCCAACACCCAACAUCACUUGGACUAGAGAGGGUUUCUCAGCGAUUGAAUCUAUUGGUACCGACAACUUUCUGCGACUUGUUAAUGUGAGCAGAAUGAGUGCAGGAUUAUACAAGUGUACAGCUGGUAAUGGAUAUGGAAACAAUGCUACCAGUCUCACCAUAGUCAGCAUUAUAUGUGGUGAAAAAUGUGAGCCUCGCAAAGUUGGACUAACGCUCACAAAUGAAACGUGGACGCAGUCUUUAUUAAACCGGGAUUCUAUUGAGUUCAAGACCUUGGAAUAUAACAUUUUGUCCGCAAUCUGGAAUGUUUACGCGCAACAGUCUGGAAAGGAGCUUUACAAGGUGACAGUUGUGGAAUUUAGGCCUGGUAGUGUCGUUGCCAUUGUUAGGCUUAUGUUUGGAAAAGGGGCGAUUGAUCCUUUGAAACCAAUCCAAGAUGAAAUUUCGGAUGGAAGAUUGUCUUCUCUAAAAGUCAAUGCUGUAUUGGAUGUGAAUCCAAAGGAUCCAGCUACAACAACAAAAAAUCAGACGGAAACUUCGAAAGCAGGUUUCGAUUGGCUCAAGGAGGGAACCAUUCUUCAUGUUGUGUAUUCAAGUGUCAUUUUUGUCCUUUUGGUGAUUUUCUUUGUGGUCGUUAUCUUGCUAUGGAGGAGGCGUAAUAAUCCAGGUCCUUCGACUGAAAAUGCGAGUUGCCGUUAUCAUCGCAAAAAUGCUACGGAUAAUCAGGAUCAAGGGAACCCAGUUCAAGCCAGUGAAGCAUACGUGAAUAUCUCCGAACGUCUGAUUUUGAGCGAAGAGGAAACGGUAGUUAUUCAAUCGUCGCCAUCAAGUAACGCAGUACCGAGCAGAAGACAUCAAAUGGACUCUGAGUAUAUGUCCAUUAAGGGAAUAACAACAAAGUUCAAGAAAUGGGAAGUAAAACGGGAAAAUGUUCAAAUCUCGAGAGUUAUUGGAAAGGGUGCUUUCUGUCAGGUUGCUAAGGCAACUGUAUCAGAUAUUAAUGGAAUAAGGGAGUAA